AUGAUGACAGUAGAGAAAAGACAUUUUGACAAUCCUUUUCCUGAAUUUGCACCACACAAAGAGAAUAAUUUGGUAGACCUUCAAACUAAAAAGAUUCACACAUUGUUUCUUGAUAAAUUAAAAGCUACCAAUCACAAAUUAAUGGAAGUUCUUGAACAGCAUUUACCAAGCGGAAGAAAGGAUGGAUCUGUGUAUACUGGCACAGCUGGUGUUGCUUUGUUAUAUUUAAUGAUGCAUGAAAAAAUAAAUAACCCAGCAUACUUAGAAAAAGCAGCUGACUUGAUUGAAAAAAGUCUAGCUAGGUUGAAAAACAAAGAUGUUAGUUUUAUUUGUGGUGAUGCUGGACCUUUAUCAAUAGCUUCUGUUAUAUUUUACAAACAAAAUAAAGUUGAAAGGAGUAAAGAGUGUGUUUCACGUCUUUUGGGUUUAAUGCCUCGUGUGGCUUCAUUGGACAGUAAUUUACCCGAUGAACUUUUGUAUGGAAGAGUAGGAUAUUUGUAUUCACUUAUGUUUGUCAAUAAAUAUAUACCUGGAAUUGUGCCAAAUGAUUUUUUUAAGCAGGUCGUUACUUCCGUCAUAUCGUCUGGAAGAAAUCUUUCCAAGAGGGAAAAUAUUUCCGUACCUCUUAUGUAUGAAUGGUACGAAGAAUAUUAUUUGGGUGGAGCCCAUGGUAUUGCAGGGAUUUUAUACCUCAUAUUACAGGUAAGUUUCUUUUAUUUAACUACGGAACAAAUCGAACUUGUUCGUCCAACCGUAGAUUUUCUCAUCGGAAUCAGGUACAGCAGUGGAAAUUUUCCAUCAUCGUUGGGUAGUAAUAACGAUAGAUUGGUGCAUUGGUGUCAUGGAGCUCCAGGAUCGGUUCAAAUGCUUUGUGCUGCUUACCAGGUAUUUCGGGAUCAAAAAUAUUUAACAGCAGCUGAACUUUGCGGUGACGUAGUAUGGGAACGGGGAUUGCUGCGAAAAGGUUAUGGAAUAUGCCACGGUGUUGCUGGAAAUGCAUACACAUUUCUCAUAUUAUAUCAAACAACAAGAGACAUAAAACAUUUAUACAGAGCUUGUAAAUUUGCCGAAUGGUGCACAACAUACAAUCAAUAUCAAGAAAGAGUUCCCGAUAGACCUUAUUCACUUUUCGAAGGUUUAGCGGGAACCAUUUAUUUCCUAAACGACAUUCAAGAUCCUUUAAAUGCUAGAUUUCCAGGUUUCACAAUUUAA